AGACGGAGCCCCAGGAUGCAGGCUGGCGUCCUCCUCAGGGCGCUCGAGGAAGGCGGCCGGGCGCCAGGGGCCCGAGCGGCGGCAGGUGCGGCGCGCAGGUUGAGAAUCUGUCUCUGAGAACCUGAAGCUCUUCCUGCUGAUACUCCGUAUCUCCCAGCAGCCUCCCCGCUGCAGAACGUUCCAGAAGGAGCCCCACGAGGAGGGGGGCAGAGCAGACCUCGCCCACCACUACCAGCGUUAAGUCAGAACGGCCAGAGGAAGAUUCUGCCAGCAUUUCCCUCGAGCUGGUCUGCAGGCCCUGCGGCUGGGAACCCGUCCCAGGAGCUCUCCGCCGGCAAACAGGGAGCCCCCAGCGCCUCGGGAAAAGUUGGCUGAAUAAAAGGGCAAUCAGGACGCCACGGCUCCGCCUGAAGCGAUGGCCCAGCCCUACCCCCCCGCCCAGUACCCCCCGCCGCCACAGAACGGCAUCCCGGCCGAGUACGCCCCGCCCCCUCCGCACGCCACGCAGGAGUACUCGGGCCAGACCCCGGUCCCCCCGGAGCACGGCAUGACCCUGUACACACCAGCACAGACGCACCCCGAGCCGCCGGGCCCCGAGGCCAGCACACAGCCCAUCGCUGGGGCCCAGACCGUGCCGCAGACAGACGAGGCGGCACAGACAGACAGCCAGCCGCUCCACCCCUCCGACCACACAGAGAAGCAGCAGCCCAAGAGGCUACACGUCUCCAACAUCCCCUUCCGGUUCAGGGACCCCGACCUGCGGCAAAUGUUCGGGCAAUUCGGAAAAAUUUUAGACGUGGAGAUCAUUUUUAACGAGCGGGGCUCCAAGGGUUUUGGGUUUGUAACUUUUGAAACUAGCUCAGAUGCUGACCGAGCCCGGGAGAAGCUGAAUGGGACCAUCGUAGAGGGACGGAAAAUUGAGGUCAAUAACGCCACAGCCCGCGUCAUGACCAACAAGAAGACCGCGAACCCCUACACUAACGGCUGGAAGCUGAAUCCCGUGGUGGGCGCGGUCUAUGGGCCUGAAUUCUAUGCAGUGACGGGGUUCCCUUACCCCACCACGGGCACGGCCGUAGCCUACCGGGGUGCGCACCUACGGGGUCGGGGCCGGGCUGUGUAUAAUACGUUUCGGGCUGCGCCGCCCCCACCCCCCAUCCCAACUUAUGGAGCGGUCGUGUAUCAGGACGGCUUUUAUGGUGCUGAGAUUUAUCCCCCAGGGCGUUGGGUGGUGGGGGCAGGGGUGACCCUCCCGCAUCCCUACCUGCAUCGGGGUCACUGA